CAAGCUGGAUGAUCAUGAACAACUGUUCAUCUACGUUAAUCAGUCUUUUGCGCCGUCACCGGACCAAGAAGUGGGGAUUCUCUUUGAUGCUCGGGUGCAGCGGCCCAUCAUCUUCUGGCAGAUUUGACAAAGGCCCAGUUGGGUAACGGCAGAAAUUAAUAGCAAGCUUUCCAGGCUCCUGCAGUUCUCUCCUUAUGUGAACCUUGGAAAUCCCCUCUUGUCCAUUUUUACCUCCAUCUGUUUGCCUGUACAUGCAUCAACUUUAGAGAAUCUUCCUAUUCUGCCUCCCCUUUUAAUCACUCUCCCGCGGUUACAUCACAUUCAUCUUUGCUACACAGUUUAUUAAACCUGGCAGCUCAUCACCUCCCGACCCGCCUCCCCACCGGAAGCAUCUGUUCUUCCAUCCCUCUUUUCCCCCGUACCCGUCACACUGUGUGCCGAAUUCGUCUCCUGCCCUGCCCUGGUGCCUUUAGCCCCCCGCCACUGCUUUGGCCAUGUCGGAGCGCAUGUCGCGCCGCUCUCGCUCCCUGCUCUCCCUGACCUUGACCUCUCUGGCCCUGGCACUCUCCAUCCUGGCGCUGUGCACCUCCUACUGGUGCGAGGGCACCCACAAAGUGGUCAAGCCCCUCUGCCUGUCGCCCGUCAAGAUGAAGAACUGCGGGCAGAACAACAGUGAGCCUUACACCACAGAGAGCCCGACCCAAAACCCUUUCAACCGUACGCUGUCUCCAGCCAGACGCGAGGAGUUGGCUAAAAUCCGCCAGAGGCAGCUGGCCAAUGCCGUUCACUACAUCUGGGAGACGGGCGAGGACAAGUUCGCUUUCAGAUACUUCCACACCGGCUUUUGGGAAAGCUGCGAGAAACACAGUGAUGGUGAGAAAUGCAGGAGCUUUAUUGAGUUGACUCCAGGGGAGACGCAAGGUGUGCUUUGGCUGUCAGUCAUAUCGGAGUUCACGUACAUCGGCCUGCUUGGGAUGGGCUUCUUGCUAAUGUGGCUGGAAGUGUUGUGCUCUCACAAGGAAAUGCACUCACUAAAAAUCAGUGCCUACGCUGCCAUGUGCACUGUGUUGUCAGGUCUUCUCGGGAUGGUGGCCCACAUGAUGUACACCACCGUCUUCCAGAUGACAGUCAUUGUGGGCCCCAAAGACUGGAGGCCUCAGUCCUGGGACUAUGGCUGGUCUUUUGCUCUCGCCUGGGUGUCCUUCAGCUGCUGCAUGGGCGCCGCCGUAGUGACGCUCAACUCCUACACAAAGACCAUCAUCGAGCUGCGCCGCAAACAGAGGCUUCGUCUGGAGGAGGCGAGGGCUGCCGCCCGGGCCCCUUGCUAUGAGGAGGUGGUUUCUGGCCCCGGCGGCGGAGGCUCCGGGGGUUUCUACUCCGUCAGCGGCCUGCUACAGUGUCCCGACGGCAUGAUCGACGUGGCGUGGGCCCCCAACGGCAGCGUGGUCGGCGUGGGCAACGGGGAUGUGCCUACGCUGGUUUUAGUGGGAGGCUGCGGGCCUGAGGGUUGUGAAGACUGCGAGAGGGAGAUGGAUGAGAUGGAGGGACCUGUCGACAGAGUGGACUCCCCUUGCUGAAAGACAGACCGUGAGAGAGAGAGACCACCUUCCUGACCUGAAAGAUUUUAAAAACUGAAGACGCAGACUCACGGAGAAGGUGAAGGAAACUUUGGUUGAACUCAAUACAUAUCAAAUCUGACCACAGCAAAUACAGGCCAUAGUGGCAUGCAGGGAUUCAUGUUCUCUGGGGAUAUUGUCAGUGCCUCAUAGUAGGAAGGCUAAUGUGUGUAUGUGAACACAAUAUACAUUCAUCAGACAAUUCAUUAGGUACACCCACACAAUCUAACGAGAUCCAAUAACGUUACCUCAAGGCACUUUGCACAUUGAGCAGGUCAAGAACCACACUCCUCAUACAUCCAAGGGAGGGACGAUGGAACAAUGGGCACAACAACUGCCGUAUCAACAACAGUAAUAGUCCCAUGAUGAGAGAAAUGCCGACGAUAUUGGUCCACUCCCAACAUUCGCCGUCCGCGCAGGUAAAAGCCGUGUCAUAAAUUCUACCUUUACAAAGCUAAUAACGCUCUGUUCUGAGAGAUAUUCAUUUAACAAUAUUUCACAGUAUUCCAGUGGUUGUAUUUGAAUUGUAUCUUUCAAAUCUUCCAAGACUUUACAGGUGCAUUACAAUAAAUUGGAAUAUCUUGAAGAACUUCAUUUAUUUCAGUAGUUCAAAUCAUAAAGUGAUUAAAGCUUACUUGGAGCUCACGAAAGCACAGAUUCACCAUUCGCUUAGCUUAAUGCUCACAACUGCAAAAAGUAUAAUGAGCUAACAAAUAGCAUCAAUGUGGUGGUGGUAUAAACCUAUAAAGUGGCACUAAGCAGGCCCAAAAAAUGGCAUGUAAAUUUGACAAACCACAGACAAGAGUUAUGUUAACAAGCCUACCAAAUUUGAAUGAAAAAAAAAAAAAGGCUAAUUAUUUAAAAUCAGGUUUCGAAACUUGAAUAAUAAGGGCUAAACACAGCUAGCUCACAACUGAGCAGCAUAGCCAAACGAAAUGACGUCACAUUGUCCUUAUAUAGUGGUGGUGGGAACUCACGCUAGAAAGUAUACGCCCCGGGCCUGUGACGUGUUUUAGUCCCGCCCACAAAAUCAGGAAAAUCCCAACAGUGAAAAAGGGGCUUAAGCUAUAUCUCAACAAUUCAGCACUAUAUUGUUUUAAGUAUUUGGAUGUUUUCAGCACUUCAAUCAUACAGUAUUUAAUGUAUUUAGAAACAAAACCGAUUUCUGCUUAGAGCCGCUUUAAGCCACAGACAUUUGAAUAGAAACAGUGUAGCAGCACAUGACAGAUAAUUUAACAAUAGUCACAGGGAUAUAUUCUUUAUGGUCCAUGUAAAAUGAUUAAUAUUAUAGCAGCUUACUGAGUCACAGUAGUUGUGAAAUGUUUCUUCGUUUGUGUCUGCAUGUAUUCUACUGCCGCCCUGGUGGCCAAGUUAUGCACACAAGAAAAAGCCGCAAUGAAUUAAUCUCGCGCAAAGGUUUUAAUUCUUAAAAUUCUAUUUAUCUAUGUUAUUACUCUGUUUUUAUGAAGUACAAUAUUAUAGAGUGCUAUUUCCCUUCAACACAUUACAAACGUUUUGGUUUUGUUUUUGUUCUUCAGGAGGCUGGAACAGAUUUUUCCAUUUUCCAUUCAUUUCAACGGGGAAAUGAAUAUUUGUUCGAUGAAUCGACAUAAUAUAGUUUAACUUUUAAACUGAAGUGCUGAAAUUAAUCGACUUUUCUACGAUGCUCCAAUUCAUUGAUAUGCACAGUGGAUGAAACAUUUGAAUACAAAAAUGACUAUAUUGCUAAUUGAGUAUCUCUCUGUCAGUGUCAAUUACCUUGGAUAUCAUUGAUGAUUUCUGCAUCUAAUUAUGAGAAAAACCUGAAAUGUUUCUUCUCCUGUCGAUACCCAACACACUGUCCUUUGAAGUAAAUAUACAACACACACUCACUGAUCUGAGUCAGACAUUCUUUGUCAUCAUUUACACAUCCCGCUGUUUCUCUUAUUAUAUUAUCUUACAAAAAAACUAAAACAGUAAACAAUACUUUUUUUAUGCAACAGAUGCUGGUAACAAACCGUAUCUGCCCGACAAACCCAUGCGGUUGAUGGAUAGAUACAGUAGAUAGACGCAGCGAGAUUAUAGAGAUUUUGAAAAGUCUGCUCUCUGAUGUUGAACAGAAGAUUAUGUGUAAAGCAGUAAUCCACAGUUGGAUGGAAAGAUGGACGAGGAGCGAUGGAAGCAUGUGAGGAGGGAUGGGGGAGAGGGUGGCAGGGGGUUAGAAUGAAAGUUGGAAAGAGGUGCUGGCACGCGCCCACAAAAAGAAUGUUGCUGCUUGCUGACACACAUUGAUGGUAAUUAUGCAGAAUAUGCUCGCCCUUUCCUGUAUGUAAAACUAAAAUCCCUACUUCUACUGUCAAAUAAAUGUCGCCAAAUUCAUUGUGAAUGUCUGUAGGUUACACAUUUGGGAUAAUCCUGGAUUUACUGUUGGGAUAAAUACAAUUGAAAGGCUUAAUCAACAAUUUGAUCAACCACCACCAGCAUUGCUAUCAAGUAUUUCUACUGUAUAGUUGUUGUUGUUUUUUUUAAGCACGCAAAAAAAUUCCGUUGGAUCCUGUAUUUUUUCAAUAUACUUCAUAUCCAGCUUUAGGUCAAUGUACAAGUACGCUUUUUGUCCUUACUGGUAGAACAACUGUGUCACUCUAGUAACAUCUUUUCCACUGCUCAAUGGCAUUUAUGCACACUAAUUGAACAACUAUGGCAUACUAGCAGGACAACUGCAUGUUAUUAGUUAGUUAGUAGUGAGGCAAAAUUCUGCACUACUUCAUCUGUACACUACUAGGACUACUAGUAAACCAUUAGAUGUUAACUAGUAGAAUUAUAAAAUGUCACACACGUGGUUGUCAAUUGGUACACAAUUUAGCCUCACUCGUAACAUGUUGUACUCGUAUGCAAAAGUUGUACUACUAGGGUGCAAAAAUGUACAGAAUGGGUAGCGUGCACUAGUAGAACAACUGUCUUACGAGUAAUGUUUUUUACACUAGUGCCUUGCACUACUGCACAGUUGUCAAACUCAAGGCCCAGGGGCCAGAUCUGGCCCUCCACAUCAUUUUAUGCGGCCCGCAAAAGCAAAUCACAUGCGUCGACUCCAUGUUUCUUUUUAGAAUACCAAAAAUUUCAAAUUGU